CCCUUCGACGUGCGACAGGUACAAGGGUGCCGUGGAUUCUCUGCUGAAGGCCAGCGAGGCGGUGCAAGGUCGUCUGUGCGAGAGAUCGAUGUUGAAGAUCGAGAAGCCCUCGACCAAGGCGAUUCUUCACGGUAUCGAGACCGUCGGGAAGUGCGGGGAGAGGAUGAAAUCGGUCCAGGAACUCGGCUACGGCAAACACGAGACCGCCAAGUCGAAGGGUCACGAGGUCGGCCACGGGUUCAAGGUCGAGAAUAUCAAGUACUACGGCGAGUUGAAGGGGUACGACUACAAGUCUUACGGGACCAUCGACAAGCCCGUAUCGUCUGCCCACGAGAAGUCGCACUCGCACGGGCCCGAGAAGAACGGCCACGAGAAAUGUCACUCGAAGACGUCGUCCUCCUCGACCGCGAUGCAGAAUUACGGCCUGUCCAAGGUCGCCGGUGAACGGUCCACGGAGAAGAGCGCGGUGUACGCCGACCAUUAUUAUCACCGAUCGUCUCACUCGAAGCCGCAAAGCGCGUAUCAAGUGUACCAGGAGACCAAGUACUCGUACAACGUGAGCGGGGUGCCCGGGACGCCGGCGCAGGCCAGCGCAGCCGCAGCUUUCUUCGCAAGAGCAGCCCAGAAGUUGAACCUCUCGUCGAGUCCUCACCGUCGACGUCGUUCCGGUGACGAGAACAUCGGUUCGGACGAACUGCCGAUCUUUCCGAAUGGAUACGCUGCCCUCCUCCUGAAGUCACCGCCGCCCGCGCCACCCGCCCUGCUCCGAAGGAUAGGCGUGAAGGAGCUGACGGGCGUCGGCAAGGUGAAAGUGAUGUUGAAGGUGUCACCCGGCGAGGGUGGGAGCUUCUUCAACGCGGACAAGAGGAAAAAGCAGGUGACGUUGAUCGAUCCAACUGCCGGCCAAUCCUCGUCGGCGGAUGAUCGUAGACCAGCGGUGGCAGCCCCAAAAAUGUUCGCCUUCGACGCGAUAUUCACCGAGGAAGAUUCUCAGACCGAGAUAUGUUCGAGUGCGUUGACGGACGUCAUCCAUGCGGUCAUCAAUGGAACGGACGGGUGUUUGUUCUGCUUUGGACACGCUGGCUUAGGCAAGUCGCACACGAUGCUGGGUACACCGGAAGCGGGUCAUACUCUGGGAGCAAUACCAUGCGCGAUCGCCUGGUUGUUUCGUGGUAUUUCGGAGCAACGACAGAGGACGGGUGCCAGAUUCAGCGUCAGGGUUAGUUGCGUGGAAUUAACCACCGGCCAACAGCAGCUCAGGGAUCUUCUCGCGGCACACGCAAACGAUUCCGAGCAGUCACCGGCCGUGUAUUUGAGAGACGAUCCGCUGUUCGGCAGCCUGCAACUGCAACAGCAUAGCGAGCUCCGUGCACCGACUGCGGAACGUGCCGCUUUCUAUUUGGAUGCGGCAGUUGCUGGACGACAACGGGACGACGGCGACGCGCACAUGCUCUACACCCUUCACGUCUACCAGUACAGCGUAGCCGGCAAAGGAGGCGUUGCCGGCGGCCGCAGCAGGCUCCACCUAAUGGACCUGGGUAAUUCGGACCGCGGCAAGUCUUCAGGAGGGAUCCCCUUAUCCGGCCUAGGCAAUAUCCUGCUGGCGAUCUUCAACGGGCAAAAGCAUCUGCCGUACAAGGAGCACAAGCUAACCCAAUUACUGAAGGAGUGUCUCGGCUCGUUGACGUGUCACGCGGCGAUGAUCGCCCACGUGUCGCCCAACGCGCAGCACUACACGGAGACGUUCACCACCGUGCAACUGGCUUCCCGCAUCCACCGAAUGAGGCGGAGAAAGAUCAAGUUCGUGGGAGGCGGGACACAGGGGACGGGCAGCGGCGGAAGUUCCGGGGAGGAAGCGGCGAGGCAGAACAGCGAGUGCGAUCCGAGUUCGAGCGACCUGUCCGCGGAUACGGUGAUCUACGUUGGGCCCAGCACGGACGACGCGACGGACGGAGAGCAUCCUCCGGUCUACAUACCGAGCCUAAACUCGGGUGACAAUCGGUGCGCCAUGGGCAGAGUGUUGCGUGGGUCCACGGCGGAGAGACCUUGCAAGAUCCCGGAAGAGCGCAGUCCGGUUCACAAGUCGACCAAAGUGGUGAAAACGUUGACCCAGACCGCCUCGAAACAGACGUCGCCGGCUCACACGGCUACUCCGAAGGCUAGUCCAGCCAGGAAGAGCUUGGCGACCAAGGUGUCGUCUUCCAAGGUGAAUGAUUCGCCAGGGAGCAAGAUUCCGGUCGCGGCACCCAGCGGAGGCUCGGACGAACAGUGGAUAGACGGUCCCAGAAUCUCCAAGUCCAAGCUCGCGGAAUUUAGGCUCAUGGUGAAGGACUCUCACCACCCGAGAGAGACAUGGAUCGACGGGCCAAUGCAGCUGACCGGUCCGCCUACCUUGCAGCUCCACACUCAGCAACAUUCCUCCAGUUACGGGUUUAUGGACAGCCACAAGAAGAGCAUGAUUAGAAAGUGGGUCGAGAACCAAUCGUCUCAGAUACAGAGAAGCAAACACGCCGCUGCUAGGAACGAAAGCAGCAAGAUAUCUGGACAGUCGUCGCAAUUCAAGGAGCUGACCACCUUCAAGACCUGCGCCGGUAUCGACGACGACGACACCUCGUUAUCCACCGCGGAGAGCGAUAGCUUGAAGGCGAACGAGAUCGAGGACAUCACCGAGAAACUGGGCGCCAAGUUGAACCUUCUGAACGUCAAGUCCAACACGGACUCCGGGUUGGAUCUGACCGCCAGUCCGGUUAUGGACGACAGCGUGGACAAAGGCAAGUUGGACAUUCAGGAGGACGAGGACGACGACGAGGAGAUCGUCGUACCACCACCGCUACCUCUUAUAGAACCCCUGAGCAACGGGGUCAGCAGGGAGGUCUCGAUGGAGAGCCUGAACCUGUCGCACAAGGACAUCGUGCUACCUUCCAGACAUUCGUUGUCUUCCGAGGACGAGAUCCUGGAAAUCGUGGAGGUGGAGGACCUGGAACCCGUCCCGAUGCAGGACUCCUGCCUCCAGGUGACGGAGGAGGACAUCGCCAUGUGCAUGGGAGAGAAUCCUCUGCCCGAGAGCGACCAGGAGGAACAUCCACUGAGAAUCCUUAGCCAGGAGAAUCUGACUGUCGUGUCGACCUUUACGGACUCGAUGUCGGUGAUGUCGGAUACGGAACGAUACAGACCUCAGUACCCACCACCGGUUGGAGCGGGUGUUUUGCCAAGGCCAUACUUCGACCACGAGGAUUUCCUGGAACAGGAAACCAGGUACAAGUUCGACCAGUUGGCUCGGCUCCAUGAGCUCUAUCAGAGCAAGCUCGCGCUGGCCAAUGUCUCCAAUUCCGUAACCUACCAGAGGGAGAACUCCUCGAACGUGAACGUUAGAGACACUCCAUCCGCCCCCGUCUUCCGUCCACCGUCGCGCUGUCAGUCCUUGUCCCUCUCGGACGUGAUGUUCAACGACAACGCGAGCAAUCACGGCAGCAUCUACAGCGAGCCAGCGUACAUCGCCGGCAAGUCCGACCAGGAGAAGAUCUGCGACAAUUGUCGUCAAAGUAUGACGAGACCGGCCACCGCCUCGUAUUGGUACCCGAACAGCGUGGCGCACAUAGCCAGCCCCAGAAGAUACUGCGGCAAACUGGGCGAAUGUAACAUCUCUAGUCUGAGGCAUCCUGACGGUGCCUCGAAUCCGAAUCUCAAGGAAGAGGUGGAGAGGCUACCGGGGAACGGAGCUUCCGGUUCUGAUCCCGAAGAGGAGUACGUCGAGGCGAAGAAAUUAUUCACGGCUGUCGAGAGGUCCGAGAGGACGGUCACUGGCAAGUCGGACAUCGAGGAAGAUCUCAAGGUUCAAGCAUCAGCACCGUUACAGUUGUCCAUUCCAUCACCGGCCCCGUCUUCGGGUCGAUUGCAACGCAAAAUCACCAGCGUCGGCUCCUCGUUAGGUUUGAACAAAGAAGGCUACGACUCCGGUGCCGAUUCCACGCCACGUGCAGCAAAACUUUCGCCGGCCACGUUGUCCAGGCAUCGAGCCGAAAGUUCUGGCUACGACAGCAUCGUUAGAGACAGCGAAACCAGCAGCAUCGCUAGCGACUCGUCCAGGCAUACCGGAGCUCUUCAAGAACAUCAAGCGGUGGAACAGCGAGUGGCAGAGUGCGGGCAUCCGUCGCGGGCCCAAUGCCAGGCCCAUCUGCCACGGAUGCCGUCCGCGGCGUUGCCGGGGAUACUCGCGUACACAAGCGAGGACGUGGACAUCCUGGACAGGCGCGCGCAGUUGCGCUCGGAUCCACGUGGCACGAUGUCCAGGAUACACAACCUGCGACUACGGCAGCGCCUUCUUAGGCUCGAGCUUCGCGACGCUAAAAGGCGCCUGAUGGUGCCCGACACACGCUGGAGCUACGAUCUUCACGUAGAGAACAGCAUGGACUGGCGAGAUCCGUCGUUUCUGGAGGCCCUCGAGGCAGAAACGUGUAUCCUGCAGAAGCGAGUGGAGGCCUGCAAGAGUCACGUCCUGUUGAUCACCUGCUUCGACUCUUAUCCUCGGCAACAUUGCACGCGCCAGGCCGAAUCGCCGACCGGGGUACGGAUCACCUAACCUAGACUCGGAUCAGUGCGCUGGACCGCGUGCUGAUCGCGAGAGGAUCGCCAGGAAACGAUUAGAAAUGAAACGAGACGAGCGAAGUCGCUGAUGAAGAAGGAAAUGGGAAUCGUUGUCACGAUGUCGCUCGACUCCGUCCAAUAGUUGUUAAAUGACGUUUAAUCGUGUCGUGAUCGUCGUCGUACGUCGUCGCUAUUAUUACGCGCGUGUAAUGGAUCAUAGAACACGAAUAAAAGAUUUCAUCCCUUCCGUUUCGCGUCGACGAGCCGAGGACAGAUUUUCUUGCGACGCGAUGCGGUUCGACGUUGUCGGAUACUUGUUGACUUCGUAUUAUUUUGCGCUGUGAUGGACAAGGCAGGCGAUGGGCAGACACUGUCAUUCGAUUUUUUGCUCUAUAUACACAUUCCUAAAUUUCUAGAUCUCUCUAUACUCAGAUAUCGAUGUCCCUGAUCUCUACGUUCCUAGGUACCGAUGUUUCGAUUCCUACUUUUCUAGAUACCCUUCCAUUCCCACGUUCCUAAAUACCGGUAUCUCCUGAUCUUUACGUUCCUAGAUCCCUCUAUACGCAGAUCCACGUAUGCUAAGGUCCCCAUAUUUUUUAUAGCUUCAGGUCCACCGCAAAAUUCCACUAUGUCUUAAUUCCUAUACUCCUACAUUUAUAUUCCCUUGAACUUCUACAUCUUCAGAUUCCUAUAUCUCCAACAUGAUUUCACUAGCUGAAAAUAAGUUCGUCACAACACAAUUCAAUUUGCAAUCCAUCGAAUGACCCACCGCUUGUGCUCAGAACGUCGCUUGCAUUUGUCUAUUACUGAUUUAGCGUACGUAUGGUGCUGCAUCUUUUUUACCAAUCGAGCGUCAGGAUCGCUUUAGAUAAAUCGAGUUCCGAUUGGAACAGGCGAGGCACGACUUUUGGUACUAAACGCUGCUCCAUUGAUUACCAAUGGAACUAGAACUACGUAAAUCGGUAUCGUAAAGAAAUUUUUAACGGGUCGAUCGAGGAUAGAGCAUCGAUUGCGAACGAAGAAAUAAGAGGAAGCGUGUACUUUUGAAAUUAGAGGAUUGAUCUUUCGAUUCGACGCUGAAUCUUCGAUCGACGAUUUAGGGACGAAAUUUAAUACGCAUAGAUUCCUUUGGACAUUGUCGAAUUUAAACGGCACUUAGCCACGAGGUGAGAAUGAUUUCGCACGUAUGGAAAUUGUGACGCGAGGCAAACGAGAGAGGGAAAAAGCGACGAUGAUACGCGUCGUAACCAUUGUAUUUAAUGCACGCACGUUCAUUCAAGAUAUUAUCGUAGCUUUAAUCGUUAUCAACAGUUACCGCACUUCGUAGGGCUCUGUAAUUCCACUUAGAAGAUGACGAGAACCUGAAUGGGUGAAUGCGAGGCUGCGAGAAAGAGAGAGAGAGAGCGAAUGAGAGAAAGAGACGAUAACGAGCGUGAAAAUGAGAAACGAGAUGCCGCGAGAGUUACCUUUCGACAGUAAACGUAUUCGUAAUCGUAACGGUUGCUCGGUUAGCGAGUGCUGUCUGAAAAAUGAAAAUGGGAAACGCGAGAAUUAUUGCGUUAUGAGGUUGCGAAAGGGGCAGAGAGAACAAUUUAUCGAAAGGAAUCCACGUAUCGGUGAGAGACGUGGGUGUACAGAAUGUGGCAGGGGAAAGGUGCCAGGGAGAAUGAAAAUAGACGGGAUGAAAAUAAAUCGAGAAUGGCGGUAAUACGCGGCAGAAACAAAAGAGAUUCCAGUCUUUUGAUACGAUUCGUGGCCGAUUCGGUCGAGCUACGGUGUCGAUAAAAAUCAUUUCUCUGUUCCCGCUGCUGCGAAUGACAGCUCUCGUUCUUACGAUCCUAUUUUUUUUCUUUCAUCCAGCUCGAGGCUUCCGGAUAUAAAGCAUAUUUUUAUCAACAUUUAAUGUUAAGUUCAAGGGUCUGAAGAUAAAUUCAGACCCGAAGAUCAAAGUUGUAGACAUUGUUUAAAAAUUGAGGAGAUUCAAUCGAAAUGUUAUUUGAGUUGAACCUAAUUCGAGAGCGAUCUGGAGUGUGCACGCGUUAAGAAGACACAUGAGCUCACAUCCGAAAGCCUCGUUCUCGCGAUCUCUUCGUGUUCAGACAUAGUCUCGAUCCAUGGAAGUCACACUGCCAGUCCAAGAGCUCAUCCCUUUUUGUACAGAGUUCAAGGACCACCGAACAGCUUGGUUCCACAGACAUGUUCAAAUCGUCACACGUUUCGUACUCGAUUGCUCUACCUCGAGAAUUUUCCUAAAACUAGCCAAGCGCACAAAGAGCAAUCGCGUGCACGAAUCAGCCUUACCUACCCGGAUUCGAAGAUGUCUGUGGACGAUCGGCAGUCUGAUUCAGACUGAUCAUUUUAUAAGCGGAAGAAGACUGCUAGCUGUUAGGCCACGCUUACCGAGCAACGUGGAAUCGUCGAUCACCGGAAGUUCGCGAAGCUACCGGGACGAACGACCGUAAUCCAAGUUCCCUGUAUCGUUGUCCGUUGUUAAAGGAACCCGUUACGCUAUUCGUCCGUGUUUUUAGACCGUUCUCGUACCACUGCCGAACACGUUGUUCAUCGUCUCUCCUUUUCUUACCAUCAUAGAUAGUCCCGCAACGACGGCUUCCAGAACGAGGUUCGAUAUAUCGUUCCAAUUCACUGUCACGAUUCCCUGUUACUUUGCCACGAUCCGGUUCUUCCUUUUCGUUUUCCUGUUCGAGAAGAGAGACACGUCGCCGAGAGCGCGUCACUCCGUCUACCGUGAAUAGUAACGAAUUAAUAGCAACCGCCAUAGCAAUUAACGAUUAAGAGUUAACCGACCUCCGCAUCAUUCCGCGAAACAGAGAGUAAGACACAUCGCGCACGCACAUACUACACGCACAUACAACCAAGGAACACACACACCGGAGGUAUCGCACCACGCGUCUACUGUGUACCAUA